CAGAUUCUGGUUCUGGAGCUGAAUGAUGAGGCUGCGGAGCAGAUGGUAGAAGCUACGGUAGUGGACCUGCUGCAAGGUCAGGAGGGUUUCCGCUGGAAGGGACAGGCGCGUCUAGACGUUCGGGAGGAGCCGGUACUGUUUCCUCCAGGCUUUCAGCCAUUCGCCCUGGUGCAGUGCCAGCCACCCGCUGUGGUCACCGCAAUCGCUCUGCACUCCGAGUGGAAACUAGUGGGCUUCGGGACCAGCCAUGGCUUUGGUCUUUAUGAUUAUAACCAGAGGAAUAACAUCAUGGUCAAAUGCACCCUUAACCCCAGUGACCAGAUGGCUAUGGAGGGGCCGCUUUCACGAGUCAAGUCCAUCAAAAAGUCUCUGCGACAGUCCUUCCGCAGGAUUCGCCGCAGUCGAGUCUCCAUGCGCAAACACCACACUAACAACGCAGCCAAGCUGCAGGAGAUCAAUGCCAGGCUGGAGGCUGAGGCUCUGCAGGAGAUGGAGCUGGCUCCUGUACAGAGAAAGAUUGAAGCCCGAUCAUCUGAUGACUCCUUCACAGGUCUCGUCAGAACGCUCUACUUCGCAGAUACAUUUGUCAGUGAUAGUUCUCACAGUACACCUUCACUGUGGGCAGGGACCAAUGGCGGAGCUGUGUUUGCAUAUGUCCUCCGUGUCCCACCACAGGAACGAAGGGCAGAGGAUCCAGUGACGGCUCAUGCAGCCAAAGAGAUUCAGUUGAUGCAUCGUGCUCCAGUUGUCGGUUUGGUGGUCUUGGAUGGGAAGGGAGCCCCUCUGCCCGAACCCCUAGAAGUGGCACAUGACCUGGCACGCAGUCCUGAAAUGCAUGGCUCACACCAUCUAUUGGUUGUGUCAGAGGAGCAAUUUAAGCUUUUUACAUUGCCCAAAGUGAGCAGUAAGUCGAAGCUAAAGCUGACGGCGGUGGAUGGCUCUCGUGUGCGGCGUGUCGGUGUGGCUUGGUUUGGUUCUCGGACCGAUGAACAGUUAGAGAGCUGUCUGGUGGUGCUGACGAAUCAGGGGGAGCUCCACGUCAUCUCUCUGCCCUCCAUCAAAAUGCUGGUCCAUUAUCCUUGCAUACGGAGAGAAGACGUCAGUGGAAUCGCAUCCUGUGUCUUCACCAAAUAUGGCCAAGGUUUCUACCUGAUCUCUCCAUCCGAGUUUGAGCGGUUUUCUCUCUCCACCCGUUGGGUCGUGCAACCUCACUGUCUGGUUGAGCCUCCCCUCCAGAUGAGGUCCAAGAGCCCAUCAAGCCCUGUUCACAGGGACUUGCCGGAUGGAGUACCCACCGAACACAGAAAUUUCAAAGGGGACAGUGAAGGAUAUGAGAAUUCUGCUAGACAAGUAAUGGAGCAUGCUUUGCUCAACGAUGAGAGUGUUCUGCAGGAGAUCCAGAAGUCUCUAGAAGGAGAUCAAACGACGUUCCUAGAGAACAAUCUGAAGACUAAGCCUAAAGCAGGCAAUGUGCUGAGCAAUGGAGAUUGAGCCUUUUUUAAUUCCCAGUGCCUGAAUGAAUGUGGAUGCGCUCUUCAUUCUAGACUUGCUUCCGAUCUGAACACUACUGCUAGUUACCACUACUGAACCAUGACAUAGAGAGCGAAACCUCCUACACCCAGACAGGACAGGAGAGAGCGAGGGACCACCACCAGUGCCUGCCAAGACCAAACACUGUAUUUCCACUCACUCCAUCACACGCUAGCCGCUCACAACACCUCAGCAAACACAGCGGCAUUUCAAAGACUCGCAGUUUCUUUUUUAACUUAUUUUUUUAAUGCAUGACUUCCCUUUUGUACCAGAUCAAUGACCUCAGAGUUUUAAGUAGAUGGUGUAAAAUACUUUCGUUUGGAUGCCAUGAGCGGUUGCUGACAAGGGUUGGAUGACUAAGGCAGCAUUAGCACUAGAUGCUAACAUUAAUCCGCAUACACAUUAAGUAUUCCACAAAAAGUAGUGUUGCCUUUUCCCCGUCCAAGAUUCAAGUUCUUAUAGGUACUUGUACACUACUGUGUAGUACAUAUGCUGUAGUUUCUAGGGUGUACAGCUUUCUGAGGGGCUAGGUUUUGAUUUUCGGUUUUAUUUUCUGGUUUUAUUUUUAUUUUUUAACGUAAUUCUGUUUUUGUUAUGCCACGAAUGAACGAUGUAAUCUAGGAAUGUAAUUUUAAAAAUAUUGUAGUCAAAUGUUUUUAAUAUAUGUGUAUAUGACAAAAAAUCCGUACCUGUUUUUUUGGACGGUGGGUUACUUCUGCGGAGGGCCGUAUUUUCUGAUCUGAGGAAAUAUUUUGGUACUGUCUCCUGAAAUGCUUUUAUAGCGUUUUCUUUGGGGGGGAGCUCUAGAAUAUAUUUUUGUAGAAACAUGAUGAUUAUGUAUGAGAACACUAAUUAUUAUUCUUUCUAAUUUCACACUACAGUCUUCUCAGUAAAACGAUUUUUCACACAA